AUGCCCGUGCAGGAGAUGGCGGUGAGUCCUGUCAAGUCCCUGUACUGGGAGCAGUUCCCCCCCAUGUCCCAGCGCCGCGUCUACUGCACCCCCGUCUACCACGAAGGCCUGCUUUACGUGCUGGGCGGCUGCAACGAGACCGGCAUGCCCCUGGACAGCGUGGAAGUCUUGGAUGUGGAAAGCCAGGCGUGGAGCCAGCUGCCCCCCCUGCCCACUGCCCGGGCGGGCGCUGCGGCCGUGGCACUGGGGGGGCAGGUGAUGGUGCUCGGGGGCAUGAAUCAGCAGCAGACUCCGCUGGCCUCCGUGGAAAUGUACCACCCUGACGAGGGCAGGUGGGAGACGAGGACCAGCCUGAGUCAGCCGUCGAUGGGCAUCACCACACUGGAGAAAGAUGGGAAGGUGUAUGCGUUGGGGGGUAUGGGCGCAGACACCACACCACAGGCCCUGGUGAGGGUUUAUGAGGCAGAGAAGGACCAAUGGCUGCCAAUGACCUCCAUGCCCACACCGCGGUACGGAGCCACACCCUUCGUAACAGGAAACAAAAUCUACAUGUUAGGUGGACGUCAGGGAAAGAUGCCUGUGACGGCGUUGGAGGCUUUCGACCUGGAGAUGAAGAGCUGGACACGCUACCCCUGCAUCCCGAGCCGGAGAGCCUUCUCCUGCUGCACCACCAAUGAGCGGAGCCUCUUCAGCCUGGGGGGUCUCCAACAACCGGGGCCACACAACUUCUACUCCAGACCUCACUUCGUCAGCACCAUGGAGGAGUAUGACCUGGAUCAAGGCAUCUGGAUCAAACCCAGCCGAAUGUCCAGGAUGAGGGAGAAGCGGGCUGACUUUGUGGCAGGUUGCCUGGGAGGAAGGGUCAUCGCAGCUGGUGGUCUAGGUAAUGAGCCUACGCCGCUGGGCACAGUGGAGAGCUACAACCCCGUGAAGCGGCGCUGGGAGUAUGUGGCGCCCAUGCCCACUGCACGCUCCUCCUCUGCACUCCUGCAGACGACCAGCAUGCUCUUUGUCAUUGGUGGCGUCGCACAGGGACCCAGUAAUGCUGUGGAAGCCCUCUGCUUACAGGAAACAGUGUGA